ACAAAAAAACAACAACACACAGUGGGAAUAACAAAGUACAAUGAGCUGUGAAUCAAAGCUCGCCAAACAACUUUCAAUAACACGCUUGGAACUUCAACUCUCCUGAGCUCAGCUGUGGAGCAGCGGACUAACUGCUGUUGGGGCUUUUGCUGACUUCCAGUCGUGCGACUCCAGCAGGUGUGUAGCGCUGUAAGCGCUGGCAAAAGCCAUCUCAACAGCGUUGAACCAGAUUGGCAUCGCUGUUGCUGCUGCUGUCAAGAGCAAAAGCGUAGAACACAACAAUAACAAAUUGCGAGUGCGCUGGCGAAGGUGAAGGCGAAGCACAGCGCCAGCAGCUGAGCAGCGAUGUUUAUUAGGAAAAUCUAAAACGCUCUACGAAGAGUAAGUUUAAAAACAGCUCCACAACACCAACAAUAUGAGUGCGGUCGAUGCGGUCUUGAGCUUUAAACGAAGCCCCGACGAGGACUUCUACGGAAUGCUCAACUGUGAUGAGAAUUCAUCGGUUGAACAAAUCCAGGCUGAGUACAAAGUAUUGGCACUUCAGUACCAUCCGGAUAAGAACGACGGCGACAAAGAUGCUGAGGCCAAGUUCCAGCGCCUAAAGGAGGCCAAGGAGACGCUUUGCGAUCCGGAGAAGCGUGCCAACUAUGACAAAUGGCGCAAUAGUGGCAUCGCCAUGAGCUACAAGAAUUGGCUGGGUAUGAAGGAGCACGUCGGACAGGUGAGAAGAUACACAAUCGCUGAGAAAGUGGAUAAGGAGUCCAUGCACUGGGCCACGCCAAAGACCAAGGAUCGCAUGCUGCCCGAAGCGGGCGCUGCCACUGGCGCUGGCGCUGGCAGCAGCAGCGGUGGCCUGUCGGCCGCAUCGCCCAAUCCGGCACAUCGACGCGCAUCCGAGGGUGGCGCUGCACUCUACUAUGGCAACCGGAAAACCGAGUGGGGUACCGAGAACUCCGAUGUGGCCAACAAGUUUCGCAACUACGAAAUUUAAAUGCAACAACAACAGCAACCAAAAAUAGAUAUGUAAGAGAAGUAGUAUGAACGCGCAGUAGACAACAACAACAACAACAUAGAGUAUUAAAGUAAAAGAAGCGCGCAUUGAAACCCACAGACAGACCCACAAUUGGAAAUGGCGUACACCGGAAGUUUUGACUACCGAAAUUUACAAACACAUACACACACAAACUCAUUCAAA